AUGUCCAACACGGGCAAAGAGUUCAACACCGCAGAAGUGAAUGAAAUCCAGAUCACCUCGGACUGCCGCCUUGGGCAAUUCAUUGUGGCUGGAGCUUCACCUUUAUCCCAACAACACCUCACACAAACCGAAAGCGACCACAACAUAGACCUCUUUGUCCCCGCCCGAAUUCAGCUUUCACACCUGAAAGACUAA